GUGAACAGACACUGAGAGGAGCGCACAUCCCUCACCUGUGCUUCCUCUGCUCCUCUCCUCCGACUCUCUGCUCCACGCUGCAGGGAGGGAGAACCAAAGGAGGAAGAGUCUCCAGCCGGGAGGCAGCGCGUAACGCAACUUUUACGCACGACGUUUUCAAAGGGUUUGUUUUUUUUUUAUUUCUAAACUCUCGACGAUUUUGCUUGUCCUUCACAAUCUGAUGGCGUUUUUGUGAAAUUAAUUCAAAGACUGUUGUGGGAAUUCGAUCUGAAGUGAAGGAAUAAUUCAGGAUCUUAAUUAAAAAGAAGUUCCAAAGUAGACUGGAGACGUUUCGUUCCACCUCAGCUUGUGAACAGACUGAGGAGACGGGAAAAGGUGGAUUCAUGCAGCCGAACCAAACACAAGAAUAAGUUAAACAUCUGGAUUCCGUGAUGUUAGUGUGAAUGUUUCCCCGAUCCGAAUUGAUUUCGUUCGGACAGGGGGAGACGUUCAUGGAUUUUCUAAGUGGAACCCGCUAGGAUGGACGUGGUAGAUGAAACAGAAGCCUUACAGAGAUUUUUCGAAGGUCAUGAUAUUACCAGUUCUCUGGAGCCAGCAAACAUCGACACCAGUAUUCUGGAAGAGUACAUCAGCAAGGAGGACGAUAGCACUGACAUCUGUUUCUCAGAGGUCCACAGCACCCCAGGAUUAAAUUACUCAUCUCCCCAGGCAGGAGUCUCCUCCUCUGGGGGGUUGGUGUGCAGCGUGAGCCCCCCUAUUCCACUGCGGCAAGGAGCCCCUCCAUCUGGGCCCCCUAACUGUCAGAACACCUACCCCCCAGGUCCACCUCCGAGCCUCCGACACAACUACCCCUGCCUGGGACCGCCGCAGCAGCAGGCUCACGUCAAACCUGAGCACAGAGGCCACUACGCUCCGGGGACACUACCUGAGUCACCUCCAGACUCCAGCUCUGAGCCGUACUCACCUCAGCACUUGAAUGAUCCUCAUAUGAUCAGGACAAUGACGCCAGAAAACAUGUGUCACAUGACUCCGACACCGCCCCUCCCACCACACGGGCACUAUCCCAGCAUGCAUCGGGACAUGUACCUGAAGCCUGAGCCCAUGAUAACGCAGUAUCCUAUUGGACCGGCCACAAGUGGAAGUGGAGAUAUGCAGCCGACACAGAUGCUCCAUCAGCUCCUGCAGCAUCCUCAGGGGCAGGACGGAAUCCCUGUUCACCAGACCAAGAAGAGGAAACACUCCGACUCACCCAACAGCACUCUCAAUUCCCAAAUCCUCACAGGUAUCAUCAAACAAGAACCAGGUUUAAUGCAGGAUGCAGAAAACAGCUUUUUGGAUCCAAACUAUCAGUGCAUCAAAUGGCAACCUCACCUGCAGAACAAGUGGACGCCGCUGUAUGACGCCAACUGCAAAGAGCUUCCAAUGCCGACCUAUCGAGUUGACGCUGACAAGGGCUUCAACUUCUCCUUGGCUGAUGAUGCUUUUGUUUGCCAGAAGAAAAACCAUUUCCAGGUCACAGUCUACAUUGGCAUGCUAGGUGACCCCAAGUACAUCAAGACAAGUGAAGGCUUGCAGCCCAUCGAUUGCUUCUAUCUCAAGCUCAAUGGCGUAAAGGUAGAGGCAAUGAACCAGUCCAUCAGUGUGGAGCAGUCACAGUCUGACCGCAGCAAGAGACCCUUCAAACCAGUGCUGGUAACUUUGCCCCCAGAGCAGGUCACUAAGGUCACAGUGGGACGGCUCCACUUCAGUGAGACCACAGCAAACAACAUGAGGAAGAAGGGCAAGCCAAACCCCGACCAGAGGUAUUUUAUGCUGGUUGUGGCGUUGCACGCUCAGUCCCACAGUCAGAGCUACACUGUGGCUGCUCACGUGUCUGAGAGGAUCAUCGUCAGGGUAACGUCAGGCCAUGCAUCCAACCCAGGCCAGUUUGAAAGUGACAAUGAGGUUCUAUGGCAACGUGGCCAACUGCCAGACUCAGUCUACCAUCACGGGAGAGUCGGCAUUAAUACAGACCGGCCGGAUGAGGCGCUCGUUGUCCACGGCAAUGUGAAAGUCAUGGGAUCCCUGGUACACCCGUCAGACAUCAGGGCCAAAGAGAACGUGCAGGAGGUGGAUACCACAGACAAUUUGAAACGGAUUUCUCAAAUGAGGCUGGUCCAUUAUCAGUACAAGCCAGAGUUUGCUGCCACCGUGGGCAUAGAGAACACUGCAGAAACGGGAGUGAUCGCUCAAGAAGUUCAGCAGAUCUUGCCUGAAGCAGUGAAGGAAGGAGGCGACGUGGUCUGUGCCAACGGAGAAACCAUUCCCAACCUGUUAGUCGUCAACAAGGAACGUAUCUUCAUGGAGAACGUGGGAGCGGUGAAGGAGCUGUGUAAACUCACAGACAACCUGGAGACGCGUAUUGAUGAGUUGGAGCGCUGGAGCCGCAAACUGGCAAAACUCAGGCGUCUUGACAGCAUGAAGAGCACCGUGAGUGGCGGCACUGUGAGUCAGUCCGGAAGUUAUUUUAGCAGGACAGGAAGUGGCCCACUAAAGAAGAAGACAGUCAAACCUGGUGGGAAGAACUCAGCUCAAGAUCAAGGCUGCAUCAGUCAGAAGUUCAUGCAGGGGGCGAUCCUGGCACUCGUCAUCGUUAUGGCCUUCAGUGUAAUUUCCAUGUCCGUCCUUUACGUGCUGACUCUUCACCACCGAGGAGACGUCACAGAGAAAGACGGCUCUGUUUCUUCCUGUAUUCUCUCCAUCUCUUGGAUGCCUAUCUUCACUGCCACUGUUACUUUCUGUCCGCCUGUCUGCCCGUGGUCAAAAGCUGCAGUGGGAGCCUCACGCAAGAGUCUUUACACGCCACCGUUAUCCACCCACGCUCCAGCUUGCUGUUCAACCACAGCCACAACCAACCAAUCAACGACAACUCUGAGAUUAAACAACAGCCAAGUUACACCAGAUACGGGGAGUCUGGUUCCCACAGUGAGCACGAUUAAUAAGAAAGCAAAGUCCAGACCAAUGGACAAGGACGGCCGCAAUAGGAACCGCCUGACUCACACCUCAGCACCCAUGUAUUUUGCCAAGUCCAAACGGCCACUGUCUCCAGAUCUGGACGGGGUGGGAGCGACAAACCGCCUGCCUGGAGGUCAACAGCCUCCACCACGCAGACAACGCAGUGUGCACACAAACAAAAGGUCACCUCCUUCUCUAACUAGGCUGCAUAUCGUGGAGACGAACCAAGAAAUCACACCACAAACUUGUGCAGCGCCUGAAAGCUGCAGCUACACAAUAUCGCUCCAGUGGAACAGGAACGUCUCACAAAUCACUUUACACAUGACGUCAACAAACAGUGUGUGGAUACAACACUGUGGAACCACCAGGGGGCGCUUAUGCCCCGACCACACAGAGACUGCACUAUAUAGAGGACAGAGAAUAUCAACAAAGGGGACUCAUCACCUGUGGUCGGUGCCCGUGCCGUCUUUCCAGGACAUCACCUAUCACUUCCGUGUCUCUCUGUCUAGUGAAGUCAGUUGUGCCACUGAAGAUGAGCCUGAAACAACCACAUCGUACUCGGACUACCGCUUCCUCAUUCAGAGCCGCUGUGGCUGAGGAGGGAGAGAAAAGCAUCGUGGUACCUUAAAAUUUGCAGCAGUUCUUCUUUGUGGUUCCAUAUAUGAUGGAAAGAAGUUGUGCCACAUUCUUGUACAUUUUUUUUUAAAGAGAGUCACACAGAACAAACACUGCCCACUAUGUAAAUGAACCACAACAUCUGUUUUUGCUGUGAUCAGUGGUAUUUCAAACACUGUUUUUAUUUCUGUCACUAUGUCUGAUGUCAGGUUUAAGUCUCUGGAAAUGACAGCUGUCACUGUUAACUGCUAUAUUCGUCAGUUUACAGCCUGCGUUUUACCGAUCACUGUGCCUACCGUACUUAUAUUGAGCCUUAAACACCUCCACAUGGAUUCUAGAAUGAACCUUCAAAUAGUUUUAAACACUGGAGAGAACAACCUGAAGGUAUCAGUAGAUGCUUCCAAACCACAUUUAAAAUAUACCUCAGUCAUGCACACUGGGAAAUCCGAGGCCUCCACAGUACCACAGUGUACGAGAGGCUGCUGAAAUCUGGAAACAGUUUUAUCUCAACUGCUACACUAAAUACUACAUUAGUGUUACAUGAAAUUCGUAUGUGUGUGCACCUGUAUCGUCACUCCUUAAAUUAAGGAGAACUUUUCAAAAUGGGUACAUCAUGCUUACUGUAAAAGUACGUCCACUGAGUGCCAUGGAAUAAGACUGGAAAAAAAUCUAAUUAAAUAAAAUCACUGGGUAAACACGGACAGAUUUUGCAUCUGACAGUGGAAUAUAAAUGUCCAACACUGACACCAAUUUUGAAACACUGGAAUAGCUUACUUUUUGAUAACUGGAAA